AUGGCGGCUCCGGGCCCGCUGUCACGGCAACCGCGCCCGGCCGCGCUUCCGGUCCGCCCCGCACCGUCCCCCGCACUUCCGGUCUCGGCAGCCCCGCGUCUCGGCCCGCCCGGAACCCGCCCCGCGCCGCCACGUUCCGGCCGCCCCGACGCCCACCCCCCCGAAGCCCCGCUGUGGUUCCCAGGGGACCCCCAGCCCCCCAGAAAGUGUCAGUGGGACCCCCAGCCCCUCGGCGGCACCAGUGGGCCCCCCACCUCACUUCAAUACCCAGGGGAUCCCCAGACCCCAGGGGUGCCCAAAAGUGACAGUGGCACCCCCUGCCCCCCAGUAGUGCCAACUGGACGCCAUCCCGCCCCGCUGUGGUUCCCAGGGGACCCCCAGCCCCCCCAAGAGAGGCAGUGGGACCCCCAGUCCCCCAGCAGUGCCAACUGGACCCCCCCCACCCCGCUGUGGUUCCUAGGGGACCCCCAGCCCCCCCAAGAGAAGCAGUGGGACCCCCAGUCCCCCGAUAGAACCAGUGCCCCACCCCACUUCAAUACCCAGGGGAUCCCCAGAACCCAGUGGCACCCCUGGACCCCCCUGCUGUGCUGCAGUACCCUGGGGACCCCCAACCCCCCAAGAAUGGCAGCGGGACCCCUGCCCCACUGCGGCACCCACCGGCCCCCCCAGCCUCACUGCAGCCAGCCGGGGGGGGGGCCACGGGGCCACUUCUUGGCCUCGCCCAGGGUGGUCCCGGCACAGGGCCCCCCGUGGGGCACAGCACCCCACCUGCCUGUGCGCCGUGGGGGGCCCCGGCAGCAGCUCCUGCUCCUGGGAGUGGGAGAGGGUGAGAGCGCCCGUCCCUCCUCCUCCGUGCUGGCGCGGGCGUCCCCGGCAUCGCACCGGGAAGCAGAAGAGAGCUCAGCACUCCGCCUGCUCCUGGAUCCCCUUCCCACGCUUUUUGGUGUUCACACCUUCCGGCGUGGACGGCUGGUCCAUGCUGCUUCCCGGAGAUAG